AUGGCUUCCGGUUUCGACGAGGAGGAGCUCCAUAUCAGCCUCUCGCCAUCCCAGAUCCGUCGCCGCUCCCAGCAGCACGGUGCUGCCGCUGCCGAUGCUGCUGCUGCCGCCGGUAGUCACCAACUUCAACCACCUUUGUCCGACGCCGCCAACAUGGGACCUCCCAUCGACACGACCGCCCCGCUGCGGGAUAAGAUCAAGACGGAGCAGCGCAUCGGCGCAUACAAGAUCAUCAAGACCCUGGGCGAGGGCUCCUUUGGGAAGGUGAAGCUGGCCAUACACAACGGCACUGGACAGCAGGUCGCUCUCAAGAUUAUUGCCAGGAAGAAGCUCAUUAGUCGCGACAUGGCCGGCCGAGUUGAGCGCGAAAUUGAAUACCUCCAGCUCUUGCGCCACCCUCAUAUUAUCAAGCUGUAUACUGUCAUCAAGACGCCCAAUGAGAUUAUCAUGGUCCUCGAGUAUGCCGGCGGCGAGCUCUUCGAUUACAUCGUGCAGAACGGACGUAUGAAGGAACCCGAAGCUCGCCGCUUCUUCCAGCAGAUGCUCUGCGCCGUUGAAUACUGCCACCGACACAAAAUCGUCCACCGCGACUUGAAGCCCGAGAACCUGCUGUUGGACGACAAUCUCAAUGUCAAGAUUGCCGAUUUUGGCUUGAGUAAUAUCAUGACGGACGGAAACUUCCUCAAGACAAGCUGCGGAAGCCCCAACUACGCAGCACCCGAAGUGAUUGGUGGGAAGCUCUAUGCUGGCCCAGAGGUGGACGUCUGGAGUUGCGGCGUCAUUCUUUAUGUUCUGCUCGUUGGCAGAUUGCCAUUCGAUGACGAACACAUCCCCAGUCUCUUCGCAAAGAUUGCCCGUGGAACGUACAGCAUACCGCAAUGGAUGAACUCGGGCGCCGCAACACUCAUUAAGAAGAUGCUGGUCGUUAACCCCGUACAGCGUGCCACAAUUGACGAUAUCAGACAGGACCCCUGGUUCAUGAUAGACCUGCCCGCCUACUUGGCGCCGCCGGUGGAGGAAUUCUUCAACACGGGCGUGGAUCCUAACAAGGCCAUUCAGAAAAGCGAUAUCGCCCCCAACGCCCCUCCAAGAGUGCAGGAGAAGCUGCACAACGAGGUCACGGAGAAGAUCAGCAAGACUAUGGGAUAUGGAAAGAAGGAUGUCGAGGAGGCCUUGCAAGCCGCGGAACCAUCCGCCAUCAAGGAUGCUUACAUGAUUGUCCGCGAGAACAAGCUUAUGCAAGUGAAUGAGGCCAUGUCAUCGCUCUCAGUCGAUCAGGACGGGUCAAGUAGCCCCCUACCUAGUGCUUCAUCAGCUAGAUCGGGCGGGUCUACUGUGGGCGGACAGCGUCCUUACAUCAGCAAGAUCGGUAUCCUGCCGAGCAGUUUGCCGGCGUACCAUAAGGAAUACGUCGAACGUGAAAAGGGAGGCUUCGAAGAUCAUCCGACGCCCACUAUUGUGGUCGACGAACCAGGGCUCUCGGCCCGUACGGACGCCGAGAGGGAAGAGACAGCCCGGCAUUUGAAACCUCACUCGAGAAACAGCCAAGUGCGCCUCGACGACUCAGCCAAACGACCUCAGGGUAUGACACCUGUCGUUCAAGCCAAGAAGACGAAACCGGUUAGAUGGCAGUUUGGCAUCCGCUCUCGCAACGCACCCUGGGAAGCCUUGCUUUGCAUUCAUAAAGCGCUCAACAAGCUGGGCGCAACCUACGUGCCUGAUGAGGACUUUGAGAAAGUUCAUGGUGCAGAAACGGAUCAGCCCAGCAACGAAGGUAGCUUUGUCGACGACUAUGCAUCCCAGGGGGGCAAUGGCUCAACUAGUAGUAUAGAUCCCCUCAAGCGAUACAAAUUGCCUGCCGACCCGUGGCAUAUCAAGGUCCGCUGGGAAACACAGAGAACCCCCACGGAGGGAAGCAAGACGCCCGAUAGCUAUCAUGUCGUCGGCGACGACGAGGUCAAGCGUGACUUUGUGGCCUUGCAUAUGGAUAUCCAGAUAUACGAGAUGGAGCACGGUGUCUAUCUCGUGGACUUCAAAUGCUCCGGCUACGAGACGGCCGACAGAAGACUGCUCGAAGAGAAGGAUGUUACAAGUCCUUUCCCGUUCCUGGACAUGGCCGCCCGCUUGAUCAUGCAACUAGCCGAAGCGGACUGA